GAGCUUCUGAGUGAGUUGCAUGCGCUGCACUUUGUGGAGGAACUGAACUUUGCUGGCAACCCCCUGGCCUAUGGACCCUCCUACCAUGAGGCCAUUUUAGCGCGCUUUCCAAGGCUGGCGAAGCUGGACGACAUCCCAGCAUAUGCCAUCUCCGGCGGGCGCAGGAAAACAAAGAAAGUCAAAUAUGAACCAAGGUGA